UUUUGUUUCGACUGGCAGUUUUAUCCUUUUAGAUCACAUAUCAACCUCCUUUGACUUCUCUCAAUCUCUAAAUAAUCCAUGCAGAUCGGAGCAACACUUCCGGCACAGAAUCUCCACCUCUUUCAGGCCAGAAGAAACAGUUUCAGAUGCCAGCAGUCACCAUUGAAACCGGUUACUUCGACUGAACUGACCAAGAAACACAUGGCCAAUCUCGAUAAAAUUCUUCAAAAACAAUCUAAUCCGGAGCCAAACCUAUUUGAUCCAUUACCAGUUCAAAGAGUUUCUAAUACUAACAGUAAUAAUAAUAAUGGAUCGAUUUUGGCAAACAAAGGUAAAGCUUUACUUGAAGGACUCAAAUUGGCUAGAAUUUGGCCGGAAAUGAAAGCGGCCGAGGAAAUGUCACCUCGGCAUUUAAACCGCCUUCAGCGGUUAUUAUCCAAAACUGAGGAGUAUUCUCCGAGGAAUCAUCUCGGUUCACGGUGGCGAGAGUAUCACGGAAGUAAUGAUUGGGUCGGAUUACUUGACCCGCUAGAUGAGAAUCUCCGGCGAGAGGUGGUGCGAUACGGUGAAUUCGUCCAAGCAGCGUAUCAUGCUUUCCAUUCAAAUCCUGCCAUGUCAACAGAGGCAGCGCCGUUGCCUAGACACGUGGCUUUGCCUGAUAGGUCUUACAAGGUUACAAAAAGUCUUUACGCCACGUCAUCGGUCGGUUUGCCUAAGUGGGUGGAUGAAGUAGCACCGGAUCUUGGGUGGAUGACCCAACGAUCAAGUUGGGUCGGGUACGUUGCAGUUUGUGACGAUAAGAGGGAGAUCCAAAGGAUGGGAAGAAGGGAUAUAGUUAUAGCAUUACGUGGGACUGCCACGUGUCUUGAAUGGGCUGAGAAUAUGAGAGCCCAUUUAGUUGACAUGCCUGGGAGCCAUGAGUCGACCCAUGGACAACCGAAGGUGGAAUGUGGGUUUUUGAGCUUGUACAAAACGAGCGGAGAUCAUGUGCCGAGUCUAGCCGAAUCGGUAGUUGCAGAGAUAAAAAGGCUAAAAGAAGCAUACAAAGAGGAGACCCUAAGCAUUACAGUCACAGGCCACAGUUUAGGUGCAGCCUUGGCUCUGUUAGUAGGAGAUGAUUUAAGUAGUUGUGCCUCUGAAAUGCCGCCGGUCGCAGUUUUUUCCUUCGGCGGACCUAGAGUAGGUAACCGAGGAUUCGCAAACCAAAUAAAUUCUAAAAACGUCAAGGUCUUAAGAAUCGUGAAUAGCCAAGACGUCAUAACUAGAGUUCCUGGAUUACCAGUUGUGGAAGAGCUAAACGACAACAUGCCAUUGGCGUAUUCUCAUGUGGGUGCUGAACUACGUGUUGAUACAAAAAUGUCUCCGUAUCUAAAACCCAAUGCAGAUGUUUCAUGUUGUCAUGAUUUGGAGGCUUACUUACAUCUGGUGGAUGGGUUUAGAGCUUCGAAUUGUCCUUUCAGAGCAAAUGCGAAGAGAAGUUUAGUGAAGUUGUUAAAUGAUCAAAGGUCUAAUGUUAAAAAAUUAUAUACAAGCAAAGCACAUGCUUUGAGUUUGAAUCUUGAAAGGCAGGGAUUCUCCACUUCUGGUUGUCUCCCUAGUCCUUCCCAAUAAAAUUUUCUUUUUUAAAAAAAAAAUUGUCAAUAUUAAAAAAAAAAAAAAAUCAAAUGACAAAAAUAUACUUAUGGUAUAUAGUUGUUGUAGUUGUCUUCUAUGUGCGAAUAAUGAUGUACCGGAAACAACUAAAUUUUAUAUUAGAAGAGCUAUCUAUCAUGACAUUUUACUAAA